CCGUAGCGCGCAGUCGGUGCGAAGCGGCGGCGCUGGGAUGGAAAGCCCAUUACAGCCGCAGCGUCGCUUCCUCCUACAGCAGCGCCUCCAGCCGCAGCACUGCGCACCGCGAGAGGAGGAGGAGGAAGAAGAGGAGGAGGAGGAGGAGCGCUCCGCCGGGCGGCGCGAACCCCGCACCUGCACCUGCCACGCGCGCAAAAGCCUCGUUUGUCAAGGGAGGUCGACUCAAACGCAACUCGGCACUUCAGUAAGGACGCCGUCCGUCUCGUCUUCCCCGAGGCAAGGGUGCCGGUACAGCGCGUGUGAGCUCACGCCUUCUAGUCAUGGUAGUUCAUCCAGGCAACCACCACCGCCACCACCAUCACCCCACCACCAUCAACCGCAGCAGCCGGGAAGCCCGGUCGGCGAGGCCCGCCACGAAAUAGCCGCCGUCGCGAUGAGCGGCUGCAGAUACAACGGCGGCGUGAUGCGGCCGCUGAGCCGCGCCGGCUCGUCACGCCGCAACCUGCACGAGUUCGACUCGGAGUCGCAGCCGCUGCAGCCCGUGUGCGCCGUGGACGCGAGGACGGAGAACCGCGCUGGUGCUCCGUUGCCGUACUCCACGGCGGACGGCGCAGGCGGCGGAGGAGGAGGAGGAGGUGGCGGCAAACAGGGCAAGAAGAAGAACCAGAACAUCGGCCAGAAGCUCGGCCACCGGAGGGCCCUGUUUGAGAAGCGAAAGCGCCUCAGCGACUACGCGCUCAUAUUCGGCAUGUUUGGCAUCGUGGUCAUGGUCAUAGAGACGGAGCUUUCAUGGGGAGCGUACGGAAAGGAGUCAUUGUAUUCAUUAGCUCUAAAAUGCCUGAUAAGCCUUUCUACAAUCAUCCUCCUCGGCUUGAUUAUCAUAUAUCACGCCCGGGAGAUUCAGCUGUUUAUGGUAGACAACGCAGCGGACGACUGGAGGAUAGCCAUGACGUACGAGCGCAUCUUCUUCAUCUGCCUGGAAAUUCUUGUGUGCGCCAUCCACCCCAUCCCGGGCAAGUACACCUUCACGUGGACGGCACGUCUGGCUUUCUACUACACGCCGUCCAAGACGGACGCCGACGUGGACAUUAUCCUGUCCAUCCCCAUGUUCCUGCGCCUCUACCUGAUCGCCCGCGUCAUGCUGCUGCACAGCAAGCUCUUCACGGAUGCAUCGUCACGCAGCAUCGGCGCCCUCAACAAGAUCAACUUCAACACACGCUUUGUCAUGAAGACUCUUAUGACCAUCUGCCCUGGCACCGUGCUGCUCGUCUUCACCAUUUCCCUGUGGAUCAUCGCCGCCUGGACUGUCAGGGCGUGCGAAAGGUACCAUGAUAACCAGGACGUAACCAGCAACUUCCUAGGAGCCAUGUGGUUGAUCUCAAUCACUUUUCUAACCAUCGGAUACGGGGACAUGGUCCCCAACACGUACUGUGGCAAAGGGGUCUGUCUCCUCACCGGGAUUAUGGGUGCCGGAUGCACUGCUUUGGUGGUGGCUGUGGUCGCAAAAAAACUGGAAUUAACCAAAGCCGAAAAACAUGUACAUAACUUUAUGAUGGAUACGCAGCUGACAAAAAGAGUUAAGAACACUGCUGCAAACGUUCUCAGGGAGACCUGGCUCAUCUACAAGAACACCAAGCUGGUGAGGAAGAUGGACCACGCCAGAGUCAGGAAGCACCAGAGGAAAUUCCUCCAAGCCAUUCACCAAUUAAGAAGUGUUAAAAUGGAGCAACGGAAGCUGAAUGACCAAGCAAACUCUCUAGUGGACCUCGCAAAGACUCAGAACAUCAUGUACGACCUGAUCUCGGACCUGAACGAACGCGGUGAGGACACGGAGAAGCGGAUUGCCGUGCUCGAGACCAAGUUGGAGACGUUGCUGAGUAACCUACAGGCUCUUCCAGGCCUCAUCAGCCAGCUGAUCAGCCAGCAGCAACGUGACUUUCUGGAGGUUCAGCUGCAGCCAUACGAGCGCUCGCAGUCCGUGUCUCGACGGCGCUCUUCUUCCACGGCACCCCCUACGUCAUCAGAGAGCAGCUAGAGCCCCUCGGAUCCCCUCGCAGAGACCCUCCGCCAUCACAUGGCCGACGUGCAUCUUACUGUAAAGCCUUACGGUGUCUCAAUAACGCGUCAUCCGUCUCCUGAUGACGGGGUUGCGCAGCUGAAAUGGCAUACAGCUUUUAAUUUGUACCUCAAGGUUCUCUUUUCUCUGCUGGCAGGUUCUCAGAGAAAUUUUUCCUCAGUAUAGAAGGCGGGGCUGUCCAGAAAACCCGUCCUCACACACUCAUCAGGAGAGCAGUGUCACACAACCUCCAUGGCGCAAAAUAAUACUGUGCCAGAAUAGUGCUUCCCAACGGACGUCUUGCUCUUCCUGUCUGUUCGAGACUGUACGAGACUGAGUAAUUCCUCAAACCAGCAGGUGUUAGACUUUUUGUUUCAUCCAGCAGUCGAUAGGAGACUGACCCAUGACCCCUGACCCCUAACUCCUCACCCCGUCCAGAGCUAACAUAUAGAUUUACACACUGGAGGAGAAAUAUAUCUAUAUAUUUUAGGUUAGAAACAGCAUCAGAUAUUACGGUCUUCUUCUUCUGAAGCCGCCCCUUCCCAGUUAUCCUCUUUCCGGGGGCCAAACGAGAUCAGAAACCUUUUUUUUAUUUCCAAACAAUGCAUCUAAAGCUAUACUUGCACUUCUUAUGCACUUCAAUGCUGUUAUAUGAAUUUAUGUUGCUGUUUAAAACAAAAAUAAAAACACAUUUAGUCAUUAGAUUAUGGCCAGAAUGUAUGACUGCGUAGUCUUAAAGCAGGAUACGUUAGCAACUAAACGCCCCUCCUUAUAUUUAAAUGGGACCUCAACCUGAAACUGUGCUUAUUUCCUAGAUUUUAGACCGCUGCUAUUACUGCUGCAUCAUUCUCAAUCUUUCAGUAUGUUCUUAAAGGGAUUAUUUGGUGAGAAAUUUUGUUUACUCAACUUUGUUUAGUUUUGCACUGCAGCUAAAUGUGUAACUAAAAGACCAGACUGUAUGUUAUAGAGGCGGCUAUCUUGCUCAACCGGAAAUGUCUUUUUUCAGCACAAUUUGGUGAUCCUGUGGUACGUGUGGUACGACUCUUCUUCAGCUUUAGUACCUACCCACAGUUAGUUCCAUAUUUAUAAACUUCUAAACAUGGUUUCAUCUAAUUCUGUCAGAUGACACCUCUUAGAGUUUAAAGGUGAGGUUCUGCUGGAUGUUGCAGGAUUAUAUGAUACUGAUUUGAGCUUAAACCUGGGAAUAUGGCUCAUGUCUGGAAUUCUACAGUUGUAAAGCUUGCUUGUUUGACACAGUGCAGCAGGUAAAGUCACCACCUCACACAUUCAUGUCUGUGACGUUUCUGCUUGGUUCUUCUCCGGGUUUUUCUACAAUUAACUUAACAAGAUCAUGGCUUUAAAUUGGACAUAAUGUUCCGGGGACAGGUUCCGGAUCCUCUGGGACCGUGAUCCUCAUACAAUAUGAAUAAAAAAAGUAAGUAGUAUAAUGUUGUUAAUUAAAGCAAGUAAUUUAUACAAAUAUUUUUAAAUAAAAGAACUUAGAUGAGGCAGACUUUUAUUACAUUAUAUCGUCCAAUCAAGCAAGAGACAAAGUGACAAACAAAUUCGGUUCAAACGAUCAUUAAAUAAGUAAAGGACUCCUCUGACCAAUCA